UCUUGGAUGGAAUACAGUCUGCAGCCAUGCUUUGUGAAGGCAGAUUGUUGAGUAUGACCUAUGGUGAAUUGGAGGAGCUGGAUUCACCCCUUCCUCAGAAAGCUCCCCAGAGGGCUUUUGGGCUGCCGAGAGCCGCUGCUACCCUGGUGCCAGGCUCCGUCAGACACACUCCACUCGUUCACCACAACUCCCCCGAGCUGACAGGUUGCAUGGACAACAGGAGCGAUUCAGAGUUGCUCAUUUCUCCGCUGCGGUCCUUGGACAGCAGACAGAUCUCUCCGCAGAUAGAGAUCCCAGCUCCGGCUCGCUCAUUUGGCGAUGCCCCUUUCCUGGUCCCCUCCUUCUGUCAGAGCAUCUGCCAAAACUACAGCGACCUCCACAUUGGAGGCGACCAGGUGCUGCCGCUCUCGACUAAUGAUGGAGAGCUCCGGCUCUGUACUGACGCCCAGGCUGUCGGCCCUUUCCUCCAGUCCUGUGAUGUCCCCCCGGCUGUGGAGGAUUCUCCCCCAGGAAAGACAUCUCAGGGUGGACUUCUGCAUCCACCGAGGGGGGGUUCAAACCGCUGGAGACCGGGGAGUGUCCGUGAUCGGAGCUUUUUGUUCCAGGGCCGCGAAGGUCCGUUCUCCAACUCUCUUCUCAAUCACUACCUGGAGCAGAAACUGUUGGAUUUGUACCAGCAAUACAUGAUGGAGAACAUGGCCAGGGAAGGGGCCCCUGGUACGGAUUCGGCCCCUGGCCCCAUUCGCCCUCUGCUGGGCUCAGAGCUGGUCCUGACCAGCCUAGACCAGAUCACUUUGCAGCUGAGCCGGGAAGGGAACCUGGAGGCCGGCCUGGCCAAGGACAUGGUCCUCAGCUGCCUUCUGCGGGUGGCUGGCGACAUGCAGUCAAGUGUGAUCAGCACUCCCUUUCUGCAGAUUUCAAAUGAGGCAUCCAGGGAGCAACUCACAGAGAAUAAAGAAGAGUAACCCCAGUAUCAAGGCACCCGCCGAAUCAAUUCUCCCUUUCAUUUGAGUUUUAUCACCAUGAAAAUAAAAUCAAACCGAUUACUGUAUUAAUUUAUUUUAUUUUCAUGAGCUGUGGAGAGGAUGGUGUAUGAUUAUAUGAUCAUAUCAAAUGGUGUACGUUCAUGUGGUGAGCUAUUGUUGUGCAGUUUUCCCUCUCUAUAAGGACAAUAAAAACAGGAACUGAAAA